AUAAAUAUAAUGUUGCCAACAACUAUAUUCCAGUCUGGCACCCAAUUCUACCAAAGUAAAUACUGAAUGUAACCCAUAGGAAAAUAAUAAGACACGUGGCAAUGAGUAAACAUUUGGCUGAUAAGACCCUCUUCUUUCUUCUUCCUCCUCACUCUCAGCUCAGCAGAAGAAGAAACAAAGCGUGCUUCUUCUCUCAUUCCUCUCUCUCUCUCUUCAUCAUUUUCCUUCACCAGAAACACCAACACUAUCAUUACCUUCUUCCUCUAUAAAAACUCAUGGAUCCUUGGGAUAACAACACUAUACAACACCAGUACCGUCGCCGAGACCAUCGUAAUCCUUCCUUCUCCUCCACUCUCCUCGACCACAUCUACCGCUCCACCGACGACUCCUCCGACGUCUCCAUGAGGAAGAAACAGAACCGCGCCGACGAGAAUCGCGUCCCCCUCGAGAAAAUCAUCGUUAACCGCCGCAAAACCGCCGACGAUUUCGUCAGAUCCAGUUACCCCGUUUUCUUCAAACAUUCAACCUCCAGCUCCUCCGACUCAAGCGUCUCCUCCUCCUCCUCCGAUUCGUUCUACAAACGAACUCGCUCCUCCCGCUCCCCGCCGGAGAUGAUUCACCAUCCUAAACCGAUUCGAACCACCACCACCACCGUCGAGAGACCUAACAUCAACAACAAAGCGAAGUCUAAGGCCUUGAAGAUGUAUAGCGAUUUGAAGAAAGUGAAACAACCGAUCUCUCCAGGUGGACGUCUCGCCACUUUCAUUAACUCUCUCUUCAACGGAGGAAACGCGAAGAAACCUAAUAAUAGUAAUAAAACCGUCUCCACCGCCACGUCAUCAACCACUUGCUCUUCCGCGUCUUCCUUCUCCAGAUCCUGCUUGAGCAAAACGACGUCGUCUAGUGAAAAGUCCAAGAGGUCCGUUCGUUUCUGUCCCGUCAACGUCAUCCUCGACGAAAACUCCACUCGUCAUCAUCGAAGCUUGGAUACUCUUGAGAGUCGAGUUAUGGAGGAGAAUCGUCGCGUCAUUGAAGCAGCUAAGGAACUUAUUAGAACUUACCGGAAGAACAAAGACGUCGUCGACAUCUCCGGCGAAGGAGAAGAUGAUGAUGAUGAUGGUGCGAGUUGCGCGAGCUCUGAUCUGUUCGAGUUGGAUAAUCUAUCGUCGAUUGGAAUCGAAAGGUAUCGAGAGGAGCUUCCCGUCUACGAAACAACUCGUUUGAACACGAAGCGUAUCAUCUCCAGAUGAAUUUGAUUGUUUAGUUUCUAAUAUAAUAAUUAGUACUGUACUUGGUUUGGGGGUGGAUUAAUUAUAUUUGGAUUUAAUACAGUUUUCUGAGUGAGGUUAAUUAUAUAUAUAAAUGUAGUUGUUUCCACAAUAUGAGUGUAUACUUGUGUUUUUUUGUGUUUACUAGCUAGUACGUAGCUUGAUCAGCUCAUAGUGUUUAUGAUUUUGAUUGAUUAGUGAUUUAUU